AUGCGUCUGGCAUAUCUAUUGCUGCUAGCGGUGUGUGUUGUCAUCGCUUCGUGCAAUGCCCUAUCUGGCUCUGAACAAGAAACUGCUGCAGGACAAAACGCUCAACGUGUGGGCUCAUUUCACUCCGUCGCUGCUGCUGAAUAUCGUGGCGCGUCUGGAAAGCGACUCCUAAGGUCUGACACCCUCCCGACCGUUACUGACGAUGUCGAUGCUGAAGAGAGAGCCCUCCUAAGUAUCACGAAGUUAAGCGAGUUGGCGAAGAAAGGGAAAUCCGCUGUGAGCACCAAACUAAAUAACAAGAUGCUGUGGCUCAAAUACCAGAAACUGCUCAAACAACAGUUUUCGGACUUAGACAUCACCGGUAUGUGGCUAAAAAGUGGGAAAGGUCCGGAUAAGAUUUUCGACCGCUGGAUUCGACUCAGCAAGUCACCGAAGCAAGCAGCCCAAAACUUGCUGAACCAUGGUACAACAACGAACGAUCUCUACAAGGUCUUGAGAAAGCGUAACAUGAACCUGGAAACAAUCAGACCGAUUUGGCGUGACCUCGGACUGACAGAGAAUCAACUUCGUGCCGCUCGUCACGCGGCUAGCGCCUUGUGA